UUGUAAAGAUAGAUCCUUUCUGAGUUGUAAAGGUCUCCACCUUUAAAGAGAUUUGACAUACUUGGUACCACCAAGCUUUAUAAAAGUGUACUUCAACUGGGCUUUCUUCAACAAACAAAAUCUGUUGGUCUGAGCCUAUAAUCGAUUGAGGACAGUCUUUCAAGUUCACAACUGGUUUUCGCCAUGGAGGUUGUUGAAUUGCAGGUGAGAUUGCAUUGCAAGGGCUGUGAGCGAACUGUUCGUAAAGCCCUCUGUAAAUUGAAAGGUGUGCAAACUGUGGACAUAGAAAUGAGCUUGCACAAGAUAACAGUUGGUGGGUAUGUAGAUCAGAAGAUGGUGCUCAAAACUGUGAGGAAAACAGGAAGAAGAGCAGAGUUAUGGCCAUUAAAUCCUCAUCAGCCUGGUCACAUUACCACUAAGUCCAAGACAAGCCAUUCUUUACAUACCAGUUCUACAUAUACCAAAGUUUAUAAUAAUUAUAGAAAGCAUGGAUACAAUGGAAGUUUUGGGUACUUUAAGCUUGCAGAUGAUGAUGAGAAAUCAAAUAGACGCACUCUCAUGUUCAUGUUAAGGUCACUUGCUAGAUCUUUCCACCUUCCACAGAGAAGACAGUAAUCAAACGUUCCAAUGUUUAAUGUAGUAUUUCAUUCACAAUUUUAAUGAAUUUCAAACAGAAGUGGUCUAUUAUA